AUCGAUUAUUUUGUGCACCCAAAGUCAAAAUAAAACAUACACACACUACACACUACACACUCAGGUGCAGGAUUUCAUAACCAAAACAAAAUGACAUUGGUGGGGAUGUGGAGACCAUGGACUCAAAUAAUGAAACUAAGACUAAACGUACAGAUAGGUCAACAAGUGCACCCCAAUUGCUCUGGGGUUAGAGUGCAGAAGGGACACACACUCCAGUGCUGCCGGUUGUAUUCUCAAGGUGAAAGUGCGCCAAGACAGACCCCCAGAGAGAGACCGGCUGUAAGAAAAAGGAGUCCGGGUGGUGGUGGCUACCCACUUUUGAUCAUCCCUUUGACGUGUGUGGGUCUGGGGAUAUGGCAGAUCCAACGCCGUGGCUGGAAGUUGAACCUCAUCCAAGAGCUGGAAGAGAAGAUGACCACACAAGCCAUACCUCUCCCUCAAAAUCUGGACGAGCUGAGACAGAUGGAAUACAGAAAGGUCAAGGUCAGGGGAACAUUUGACCACAGCAGGGAGCUUUUUAUUGGUCCACGGUCAAACAUCCACGACGCGGAGACCAUGGGCUCCCAGCGAGCGACAAACUUGGGCGUUCACGUCGUGACCCCAUUCAAACUGGCAGACCGACCACAGAUGAUACUUGUCAAUCGAGGUCAUGUGACCUUCAAGAACCAGCCGCAUCAGAUGAGGCAAGCAGGCCAGGUUGACGGUGAGGUGGAAAUCACGGGGGUAGUCAGACUGACGGACAGGCAACCCAUCAUGGGCCAAGACGCGCAGAAGAUGGGCUACUGGGUGUCCAGACAUGUGGAAGAAAUGGCGGAAAUGGCCGAGACGUCUGCCGUGUUCAUCGACGCUGACCUCAACUCCACGGUGCCGGGCGGCCCCCAAGGCGGACAGACGAGGGUCACACUGCGGAACGAACACAUGACCUACAUUGUCACAUGGUUUUCCCUUGCGGCCUUCACCUUCUUCCUGUGGUACAAAAACUACCGGAGCCCGACCCCCCACAAGGCCGUGGUGGAUUUCAUCAAGAAAGAACACAGACGACUCUGAUCUUUGUACAUACACAAUUUUUAUUGAAAAUAAACAACUGUAAUUGAAUGACACACCACCA